UGUCGGCAGUGUUCAGCUGUGUGUGAAUGAAGAAGAGUAAAUGAUGGAUCUUCAGAACUCCAGCAGUGGAGGAGGACCUCCUGUCCUAAAAAUAAACAACCAGGAUAUUUAAUAAAGAACAGUGUUAAACUGCUGAAAGAGGUGAAGCACAAGCCAUCCAGAAGAAUCUACAUUUCACAGACAAAUGGAGCCAAGUCCCAACAUGGAGAAACAUCAGCACUCUGUCAAGAGUUUUACUAAACAGAGUGAUCUCAAAAAACACCAGCGCAUUCACACAGGAGAGAAACCGUAUCACUGCUCAGACUGUGGAAAGAGAUUUACUAAACAGAUUAAUCUCAAACUGCAUCAGCGCAUUCACACAGGAGAGAAACCGUAUUACUGCUCAGACUGUGAUAAGUGUUUUACUACACAGAGUCAUCUCAAACUGCACCAGCGCAUUCACACAGGAGAGAAACCACAUCACUGCUCAGACUGUGGGAAGAGUUUUAAUCAACAGAGUAAUCUUAAAAAACACCAGCGCAUUCACACAGGAGAGAAACCGUAUUACUGCUCCGAUUGUGGGAAGAGUUUUACUCAACAGAGUAGUCUCAAAAUACACCAGCGCAUUCACACAGGAGAGAAACCGUAUCACUGCUCAGACUGUGGGAAGAGUUUUACUGAACAGAGUCAUCUCAAAAUACACCAGCGCAUUCACACAGGAGAGAAACCGUAUCACUGCUCAGACUGUGGAAAGAGUUUUACUAAACAGAGUACUCUCAAACUGCACCAGCGCAUUCACACAGGAGAGAAACCGUAUCACUGCUCAGACUGUGGAAAGAGUUUUACUGAACAGAGUACUCUCAAACUGCAUCAGCGCAUUCACACAGGAGAGAAACCGUAUUACUGUUUCGACUGUGGGAAGAGUUUUACUGAACAGAGUCAUCUCAAAAUACACCAGCGCAUUCACACAGGAGAGAAACCGUAUCACUGCUCAGACUGUGGAAAGAGUUUUACUACACAGAGUACUCUCAAACUGCACCAGCGCAUUCACACAGGAGAGAAACCGUAUUACUGUUUCGACUGUGGGAAGAGUUUUACUGAACAGAGUAAUCUCAAAAUACACCAGCGCAUUCACACAGGAGAGAAACCUUAUUACUGCUCAGACUGUGGGAAGAGUUUUAAUCAACAGGGUCAUCUCAAAAAUCACCAGCGCAUUCACACAGGAGAGAAACCGUAUCACUGUUCAGACUGUGGGAAGAGUUUUACUUUACAGAGUGAACUUAUAUUACAUCAGUGCAUUCACAAAAGAUAGAAAAGUAUCCCAAAUCUGUUCCUCUGCCAUAAAAAAUGCAAACCUUAAAUCUUUCAGACAGCCAAAAACACCUCAUCAUGCACAAAAUCUUCACUCUGUUACAAGAACUUCAUUUAAAAAUGGCUUUUUACAGGUUCAGAAAAAUGAAUCUUAUCCAGAGAUGAUGUUUACUGAAUUUCAUGCUGUGUUUUUAUGUAUGUUUGUAUACCUACAUUAGUUAAUGCCUGCAGAGCUCUUCAACACUUAGUGUUGUGUUUUAAGAAGUUUUUACACACAGAAUCAUAAAUGGUACCACUAACAGCAUAAACUAGGAACAUACAUUUUUACAAUUUUUUCAGUGAUAUGCUGAAUAAAUAGUAAAGCGAUGAUGCUAGCUCAGAGUAAAAUCGUAUAUUAAAUCUCAGCAUUAGCUUUAGAACUAAUAAUAAACAAAAGUGAGGAUUUUAUCAUUCUGGGACAUUUUUAGGUUUAAAAAUUGAAUAUGCUUUGCCAUAAGUAGGAAAUGAUCAUUUGGUCAACUUAUGUCAUUUACAGCCUUAACACAUUCUCAAUUGUUUACAUAUAAAAACUUUCUUUAUUUUUUCCUCCACUCCACGUUUGUAGUUUGUAGUUGGAGCGAGGGCACUGCCAGUGUUUGCUCCAGAUGUUAGAUUAGCAUUACUUAGUCUUUUAAAAUUUAGAUGUUGUAGUUUAAAGGAGUAGAGUAUUCUUAGGAGUAGAGAAUAUUCUUAGCUUGCAACAAAAGGCCAACAAAAUCCUUUUCAGAGUUAAAAAAAAAAAAAAACGGUCUAGCUGUAGUUUCCAUACUGAAAGCAACACUCAGCAGGCUAUGCAGCAGUAAGACUGCAGGAUCCUUGAUUCCCUCUACUGCACAUGUGUCAAACACAAGGCCCACGGGCCAAAUGUGGCCACAUCCAAGCGAGAGCUUGUAAGAUCUUAGUGUCUAUAAUAAAUAGGUCAGAAGCGUUCUUUGACCAAAAACUACAUUUCCCACAAUGCUUGUCGAUUGUAUUACCCGUGAAGUUACGGCUUACUGCCACUACACGGCAGUGUAGUCAUUGAUGUGGAAACCCUGCCGGAGGGAAGGCGUAACUUCGCGGGUGGAAUUGAGACAUACAAACGUUUAUCCCAUAAUGUCCAGAAAAAGAGAAGCUGAUGCAGACGGACGGCUGUGCUUCAAGGUGAAAGACCGGUA